UGACGCUUGGUCGUCCCUUCCUUUUUUCUCUUCCCCUCAGAAUUUCCUGAACUUGCAAUUGACGACGCAACCUGCCGAAUUUGAGCUAGCUGAACUGGCCCCAAUUAAAUGGCGCGAAUAGUCAAAGUCGCGAUCAUUGGCAGCGGUCUGGCCGGUCUAACCGCCGCCCAUCUUCUCGCGCGUCCCGCGGAGAAUGAGGGGGAUGUACGCUUCGAGGUGCAUAUCAUCGAGAAGGCAAACGCGCUAGGGAUGGACGCGUCCUCCGUGUCCGUACGCGUUCCAGGCACCAAGGAGGAGAAAGACAUACGCGUCAAUGUACCGAUGCGAUCCUUCCAGGGAGGUCAUUACCCCCAGCUGAUCGCAAUGUACAAGAAGCUGGGCAUUCGCGUCCGCGUCGCGAACUUCACCUACUCCUUCUCUCGCCUACUCAAUCUCGGGUCGAAGCAUGGGCUCCCCGAGAUGUCCACCUACCUGCUCUACAACGGGGCGUCAGGUCGGAAGGGUGUUAACCUCCCGUCCGAGAAAUACCCCAUGUCCUCUAAGGGAGCCUUCAAGUGCGCCGAGAGUACAGAAACGCACCUGGGGAACAUGUUCCGAGCAUACAUGCGACACUACGUUUACACCUUCCACUUACUUCUAUGCUACCUCUGGCUUGUCGUCCAGGCAGUGCCCUGGCUCCGGAUCCAGGGGGUCGAAGACAUGGUUUUCGAGGACUGGGCUUUUCAUGUACGCCCACGCCACUGGAUUACUAGGAUUAUCGGUCUUGAAGACUUUUGGCUGCAAUAUGUGUUCCUCACCCUCGUGCCCUUAUUUUCUGCCGUAUGCACGGCCCCGGAAAGGAGAAUACUAAGCCAUCCUGUGGAAGACCUACUUGAUUACAUCUGGCUGACACUAGGCACGGAUCACUUCGUCCACGUCGAUGGCGUCCGCGAGGUCGUGUCCAAAUUGUCUGAAGGCCUGGAGAAUGUGCAUUUAUCAGCGACAACGACCGCCAUACAGCCUGAUCCUACACAUCCCGACCUAGCCUCCAUUGUGUACACCACGCCCACCGGACAAGAAUGUAUCACUGGCGUUCACCACAUCAUAUUCGCGACACAAGCGUCUCAGGCGGUGCCUCUCCUACAAUCCUACGCAGACUCCGUGCCCCAAUCCUCUGCGAAGCGCCAAGCCGUCACCGCCCAGAUCGCCUGCCUCCAAACGUUCACCUACGAGCGCAACAUCGUCAUCAACCACACCGACGACAAUCUGCAGCCCCCCGCUCCCGCCGACCGCCGCGACCUCAACCUCAUCGUGCCCGGCUCCGCAUUCCCCACCCACGAGACAUGGGAACGGCUGGCCAGCCAGAGGAACCCGCCCCUCAUCGUUGAACCGUACUUCGCGAUGGCCACGCAGGUUCUCCCGCUGCCUGCGGAUUACCCGCCGGACGCACCGCGGAUAUACCAGACGACGAACCCACUGUUCCCGCCUCGCGAGGACAGCAUCAUCAGCGUAGCACGGCUGGAGCGCUCGGUGCUCACGCGGAAGGCAAAGGCCGCGCUACGGGGACUGCACAACUCGGACGGUAGACGAUGGUGGCAAGGGCAGGGGAAGCUGGGGCCGCUCCAGGGUGGCGGGCGGAGGGAAGGAGGGGUAGAAGGGCCCGGCAUCUGGCUCUGCGGCUCGUACGCGUACCCAGGGAUCCCACUCCUCGAGGGCUGCGUCGCGAGCGCGCGCAACGUCGUCGAGCAGGGUGUGUACGCGGCCGAGGGCGUCUCGCCGGGCGCCGCGCCCUGGUAAGCGCGGGAACAUGCUACGACGUGGAGCGCGGGAAAACGCCAGGAUUUGGCCACGGAGCGGGGGAAAGUGCUACGAGCGGGGGAAACACGACACGAGGGGCGCCUUCUCAGUCCUGCGGCGGAGCGUGUGAAGUGGUGAAGGGACGGGGAGACGAACCAGAGUGGCCCGUCACAUCGAUCGCCGGCGCACCUGUGGCAAUUCCCGGUUCCCCGUCGCACGAGCGGCCACUCUCGCCCUGCAACGAGGCCUGAUGGGAACCAGUCAAAGCCAGUCGCGAGCUCCGUCGCACCUCAUGUUGGAGAACGAGCAGCCCCGUGUCCCACUACAUCGUCACUACAUCACAUCGAAUUGAAAGAAGGGCCGCCUGCUCUCGGCGGCCUGGAAUAAAUGUG